AUGCAUCGCACUGGAGAGAAGAGCCGUGCGGGGCGGCGGGAGUCCUGCCCCGCCGCCCUCCGCAGCAGCGGCGGCCGGGCCGUGCUGGGGGUGCUGACGGAGAACGGGCAGCAGCAGCGGCCCGGCGGCCAGGGUGCUGCUGUUAUCAAGCGCUUUUCUAGCUUUGAAAACACCAUCACUACAUCUAGAAAAGAUGAAGUGCCCAACUGCAUCAUCAGUGCUGCAUCAAAGCAAGGAUUUGCCAUCUACAUAGAUGACUCAGAAGACAAAGAAAACUAUAGUUGCCAAGUGUCUGAAGAGCUGGAAUUAAGCCACUGUGAACUGGAUACCAGUGCAAUGACAUCUAGCAUUCACCGGCUGCUGGAUCUGAGUUCAGGCUCUCCUAUGGUAGUGGACACAUCCUUCCAAUCCCAGCCAGAGGAUCACAUGGAAGAUGUUGUAACUCUGGCUGUGGGAGAGUAUGCAGAAGACAUUCAUCAGUACCUCCGAGAGGCUGAAGUAAGAUUUAGGCCCAAGCCAUACUACAUGAAGAAGCAGCCAGAUAUCACAACAGGAAUGCGUGCUAUCCUGGUAGACUGGCUGGUGGAAGUAGGGGAAGAAUAUAAACUUCGGACAGAGACUCUGUACUUGGCAGUGAACUUCCUGGACAGGUUUCUUUCCUGCAUGUCUGUUCUCAGAGGGAAGUUACAGCUUGUAGGAACAGCGGCAAUUCUUCUGGCUGCGAAGUACGAAGAGAUCUACCCACCAGAUGUGGAUGAAUUUGUCUAUAUAACAGAUGAUACCUACACAAAGAAGCAGCUGCUAAGAAUGGAACACUUGCUUCUCAAAGUGCUGGGUUUUGACCUAACAACCCCAACCAUCAACCAGUUCCUCCUUCAGUAUAUUCAGAGGCGUGGAAUCUGUAUGAGGACAGAGAACUUUGCAAGGUAUCUUGCAGAGCUGAGUCUCCUUCAGGUUGAUCCUCUUCUGAAGUACCUUCCUUCACAAAUUGCUGCAGCAGCUUACUGUUUAGCAAACUAUACAGUGAACAGAUCUUUCUGGCCAGAAACACUUGCUGCAUUUUCUGGAUAUUCCUUAAGUGAGAUAGCGCCUUGCCUGACUGACCUGCACAAAGCAUGCCUUGAUGCAUCCCAUUGCCAGCUGCAAGCUAUUAAGCAGAAGUAUAAGCACCCAAAGUACCUGCAGGUGUCUCUUCUGGAGCUCCCAGCAGUUCUUCCUCUACACUAGACACUGUGGAUCCUGGACUUGAAGAUUAC